AUCUAGUAUUAGUGCUUGUUGAAGUGUUAAGUCUUGUUGCAGUAGAGCGAAAGCCGCAGAAGGGUUCAUAUCCCGGCAGGGCAGGUUCCUCUGAGAUAACUAAAAAAAAAAAACCCCACUGUUUUCCGAUUUUUACAGCUGAGAGACUAGAACAAAGACGCUCGAUUUAUUUAUUUUUGUUAUUGUGGUUGCUCCGAGGUAACGAAGGACUUGCCAUGGCAGACGAUCAGUAUGACGAAUAUCUGGAAAGCUUUUUCAACACGAACAUCACAGAAGAUCCGCAGCAUGUCGUCAUGAACGAUACGGUGAUUUUGUGCGAGAAGACAGACGUGAUUCAGUUUGGUGCAGCGUUCAUACCUACGUUCUACUACAUGAACUUUUUGUUGAGCCUUGUGGGAAACAGUCUGGUUCUGUGCAUCAUCUACAAGUACGAGAAGCUUGGUACGGUCACCAACAUCUUCCUGCUCAACCUGGUUAUAUCGGACCUCCUGUUCGCCUCCACUUUGCCUUUCUGGGCCGUCUACCACCGCUCCGAGUGGAUAUUUGGCCCCUUUCUUUGCAAGGUUAUCGGUAGCUUGUACUCCAUAGGCUUUUCCAGCUCCAUCCUCUUCCUCACCCUUAUGACCUUUGACCGCUACCUGGCUGUGGUCCACGCCAUCACAGCUGCCAAGAGCCGCCAGAGAGCGUACGCUUUCUCCUUGUCUUUUGUCAUCUGGUUUAUCAGUGUCCUCUCUAGCCUUAAAGACAUGGUCCUGUACAACAUACGGGAGAACAAAAUAAACGGCUGGGUGUGUGAAGAGAGCGGCUACACGUACCAGACCAUAGUCAAAUGGCAGCUGGUGGGUUACUACCAGCAGUUCGGGCUGUUCUUCCUGCUUCCACUGAUGAUGGUGUUCUACUGCUAUGCCCGAAUCACCAUUCGCAUCGUCUCCACACGCAUACAGGAGAAGUGCAGGGCUGUCAAGCUCAUUUUCAUCAUCAUCUUCACCUUCUUCAUCUGCUGGACGCCCUACAAUGUGGUCAUCUUCCUCAAGGCGCUACGCUUGUCCUCCAGAGACAGAUCGUGCUCCGAUGACCUGGACUAUGCAGAAUAUGUCACACGGAACAUUGCAUACUUAUACUGCUGCAUCAGCCCCGUGUUCUACACUUUUGUGGGGAAGAAGUUCCAGAGCCAUUUCCGGAAACUUCUAGCAAAGCACAUACCGUGUUUAAAGAUUACCAUCCUGUCGUCUCAAAGCAGCAGGACCACAUCGUUCAGAAGCCCUAAUACAGAGUACUAGUAACUGAUGAAAUGUCACACCAGACGGAAUUUGGCAAUGUUAUACUUCUGAAUACUGGGAUCUUCUGAAAUUCUGAAUAUUUCAAGGGUUCUGACAUUAUACUGUACAUUUCCUAAGUGUAUACAGUUCCUUAGAAUGUUCUGAAGUUCUUAAUAUUAGAAGGUUCUGAACUACUUAAAAUGUUUAGGUUCCGAAGUUCUUCAUAAUGGGAGCUUCCGAACUUCUUAAUAUUGAAAAGGUUUCAACUUUUGCUUAAUGGUAGCUUCUAAAUGUCUGAAUAUUGAACUAAUGUAUAGUGGAAGGUUCUGACAUUUUUAUAUAUAGCUCACAGACUGGUGCAGGCUGCAGGGUUUAAGGAUGUGAAGAUUUUGUCUGGAUUAAAAUGUUCUGCUUGGGCUCAGGUUCAUCAUGAGUAGGUGGUGUAGGUGGUGUUGUGUGUACCCACAUUUCAGAACAAUGAGACAAAAAGAAAAAUACAAGGAAGCUGGGCAAGGUGACCAUUUUUUUGUGUCUGUGAGCUCCUGAACUACUCAGAAGUCUUUCUUUUUUUUUUUUUUACUUCUUCUAUUUUGUUUUGUUUUUGAUUGGAAAGUGAAACAACUGCUGAUAAAAAAAGCUGUAUAUCUGAUCGAUGUGAUGUUUUCACCCAUGUACAGAGAAUCUUUUACGUUUUCACUUCAUAUUUUUGCUUAAAGUAGAGUUAGCUUACGGUAGACGUCUUCCCGAUGAACUAAAUGCAUCAUGUUGUUAGAUUGUCAUGUUAUUAGGAAAAUAAUCAGUGUGAUACGUUCCAGUGUGAAGCAACUUUACUGUUACCACAACUGUGUGUAUUAUUCUGCAAUAACUGCAUGAGAAGGGGUUUAUUUCUUUUCUUUUUUUUCCUUUUAUGAUUAAAGAACAUAUAUGUUGAAUCUA